GUCGAGAUCCGAAUCCCUCGCAGCUGAAGCACGUGACUGGCACGCUCAGCGACAAGAUCCUCUUCAAAUGAGUCCAGUAGCGCCGCAGAUGCCUGCUGUUAAUCCAGCUGCAGAAGAAAGCGAAGAACCUGUAUCUCGUUCUCGAACUCAGAGCAACGCUAGUCAGCAGAGAUAUACAAUAGAUCCAUUUUCGAACGAAGCUUAUAUGCCUGCUUCUAUACAACAAAACAUUGUAACACAUGGUCAAGGAAGUAUGGAUGAGGCUUUCACGAAUUCGGAAGACACAAGUGCUCGUUCCACUUCCGAAAGUACACCCGUUCGCACGAAUAAUCACCAUGCUGAAAAUGCAUCACCGCUGCCUCAACCUAUGCCUGAUCUUUCGCAAAUUCCUCAAAUGCCUGUGCCUACACAAUUCCCACAAUCAAGUUUGCAACAUGCUCAGCAUCAGUCUCAGACUCAGCCACAGCCGCAUUCCGGCACCUCUACACAUGAAAAUGGUUUAUCGGAUUCUCAUUUAAAGAAAAGCAGCUCUACAUCAGGGUCAAAAGGUUUUUUCGGGAACAUGAAAGAAAAGUUGCUGAAAGCAAUUCCCAGUGGAAACGAAAUGAUACUGCCGGACGAUAGUAAACCAACGAUUGUCUGGGAUCCCGUAAAGGGACGAUACGUGGGAGCUGGUGUUGAGGAGGAGACGAUGGCUGCCCCACCUCCUAAGUUAGAUAGUCUUUCCGGAGUCAGCUCAAGCUCUGGCGGUCUUCGUGCAGCUCGCACAAGCGGAGGAUCUCGCUACUUCAAUCCGUUAAAUCAGGCGUCUACGAAUGGUGCUGCUACUCCACCACCUGCGCCCGUCCCAACAAUGCCGCUUCCCCCACAGUUUGGCUUUAUUCCUACUAUGCCUGAUGAUGCUGGCGAGACUGUAUCAAUAGGUAUGGGUAGUAGCAGUGCGCAAGCGUCGCAGCAAUACGAAGGAGUAUUGCAACGUAGUCUUGUUCUUCUGCGGCAACUGAGAAAUCGCGUUACGCGUUUGCACAACCUUCUUUUUCACUCACCGCCACCUACAAGAGAGACUUGGCAUGCUUACUUUCGAAGAAUUGAUAGAGUCGAUAAGGAGUUUCGAGAUUGCUUCGAUAAUCUUGAAAGUUACGCGAAGGGGCUGCCAAAUCAGUUACCUCAAAUUGAACCACUGAACCGGCUACGAGCCGUUUUCCAAGAGGAGCAAAUGGAUGUACAAAUUAUGGAAACUGUGGAAUCCAUGAUUGAUUGCGAAAACUGGAAUGAAGGGAAUUUUCAAACGUACAUGUACUUGGGUGAAUUUCUUCGGCUGCAACGUCGUCGCCCAUCUUGCAUUGUUCCUCGGCCACUAUCCUGCUCGCAUUGGGCAACUGGCAUGUCGCCUCAUGCACAAUUUGAAACUGCUUUUGCUCAGUUUCAAAAAGAGUUACUAAAGAACAAAACGGGUAUAUUUCCGACUUUCCUUGAACGAACAGCUGUUGGAAGCAUUGUUGAGUCCUCCUGUAUUCAGCUAAGAUUUGGUGUUUUGUUCGAGAAGCAGAUUGUGUUCACCCAAAAGAUGUUGAUGGUUGAAAACGCUGGCGUCAUCGAACAAAUGCUGUUUGUUGCUCCUCAUGAGGAGUGGUCGUUUUACACAGAUCUUGGCGAAAAAAGGUCAAAACGUAACUAUUUUGGCGCUUCUUUUCACACACUAAGCUCUGCACCUGUUGAUCUAACUAAACCAUCCCAGUAUAUCGUUUACCAAAAACUCACUACCCAAGCAAAUCUCCACUUGAUGCAAACCAUUAAUACGCAGGAGUUCCGCUGGACUGCGCAAACAUUACACCAGCUGAGCAGUGCCUUUGGAAAAUUUCAACACGUUUUUGAAGCAACUUGCAGGAACUGCAAUAUGGUAUCUUGUUCUAGAAAAGUCAUGAAGGAUUUCCUCCCUCCCUUGAUUUUCGAUUUCCGGAAUCUCAAAAAUGCUCUUCACGAGACUUGCCGCUGAUU